GCGCUCUAUAAAUAGCGGCAUGUGUCGNCGCAAUUUAGUAGCUUUUUUUUUUAUUAAUUUUUCUCCUCAUUUCCCCGACCCCUCCUCUUUCGUGCCCACCGAUUCCACGAUACCGAGGCGAUUUUGGGGCCGCUAGGGGAUCGUCGGGGGCCAAAGCCGCAGAGAAACCGAGCGUGAUCGAAGGCGACCUUUGAAGCAGUUUAAUCAGAGGAAUGGAGCACGAGGAGACUGGAUGCCAGGCCCCCGAAGGCCCGAUCCUCUGCAUCAACAACUGCGGCUUCUUCGGCAGCGCCGCCACCAUGAACAUGUGCUCCAAGUGCCACAAGGAGGUGAUGCUGAAAGAACAGCAGGCCAAGCUCGCGGCCUCGUCCAUCGACAGCAUAGUGAAUGGCGGUGGCAGCAGCAGCAGCGGCAGCAGUGAGAAGGAUCCAGUUGCUGUGGCCCCUAAGAAUGCUGAUGUAGCUGUUGCUUCUGUAGAACCAAAGACCGUUGUGGCACAAACAGCAGAUCCUGUGGGCUCGAGCAGUGACGAUGCAAUGAAGUCCAAGGCGAAGGAGGGCCCAAGUAGGUGUGCAACUUGUAGGAAGCGAGUCGGCCUCACAGGUUUCAAUUGCCGGUGCGGGAGUGUGUUCUGUGGCUCACAUCGUUAUGCGGACAUGCACAAGUGCCCCUUUGACUAUCAGACGGCGGGCAGGGAUGAGAUCGCCAAAGCGAAUCCAGUUGUGAAGGCAGAAAAGCUUGACAAGAUCUAGAGAGUUUGGAGUGGAAGAGAUUGUGUUCCCUGCUAUGAGUGCUUACUUGCUGCUCUAGUUUAUCCAUGCCCUUUUGUUUCUAAUUGUCAGGUGUCCUUUAUUAUUCUAAAUGGCUGGAUAUGUGAUGCUUGGAGCAUCCAUGCAGCUGCCUCAGAACUCGCUUGUUGACUUUGAAAGGUUUGCAUGUCUGCUUUGGUUGUUUGAGCUUUUAUUCAUGCUCGUUCCUGUGGAAUGUAUCAUGGCUUAUUAUAUGGCUAGCUUUACAAUAUAUUUUAUUUGUCGUCUUGUCGAGUCGUUCAUGAAA